AAUUUGUUGUAUCGGUGCCUGAUUUGUCACGUUUACUGACUGACGGCAUGUCUGCCCAAUAGCUCUUGCCACUGAGAUACGUCACCCACUAAGAUUUCGAGGUCGUUAUUCAGUAGUGCUGGUAUUAGACGUUCGUUAUCACUUCGUGCACGCCCAAAACACUUUUCGUCCAAUUACAGCGCUAUGCAUUUGUUGCGUAAAGUGACACCUGCCGUCGUCCAAUGAGGACGCAUCAUGCGCCUCUACGGUUGGCCCAGUGGGGGUUUGAGGCGGGACGUAGUGGUGUGUUGUGCUGGAAUCGAAAAUGGCGGCUGUUCAGAGACUGCUUCUGCGCGAAAGUAUCUGACUGGUAACAACAAUGCAGGCGCAUGAGUACUGUCCAAAGAUAAUGAAAACGUUUUUAAUUUAAAAACAUAUAAAUGGGUAACAGGUAGAAUCUUGCGGCCAAAACAUGUGUAAAGUUUGGUUUAGGAAAGGGGUGAAAAAUAAAGCGCGAGUUUACAAACAGUGUCGAUGCUAUGCUAAUAAUAACAAUGCAAUAAAUUGUUAACAAUGGUCACGUUUUCUCAUUUAUACAUCUUUAAAUAAUAGGACUUGUGCCCGCGGGUAGUAAUGCAAUGACAUUCAUUGGGUCAUUUAGUGUGUGUCCCAUUCGUUUUGGUGACUUUUCUGGAGUACUGAACUUUUGACUCGGUAAAAGCUCACCCGUGAACAAGCGCCUUCUCCAGGCACAGACGCGCUCUUCGCGUCUCAUGUAUUGAACACAAUCUUGUAGCUUUUCCGGGUGAUAAUGGAUGAUUCCAAGCCUCGGUACAGCAAAAGACUGCGGACUGGUACCCGGCGGCGUUACCACGAUGAUGCCAUUUCUGAUGAGGAGAUUGAUGGAAGAAGAAUGUUUGAUCUGGAGGAGAAGGUCACCAGCGAUAGGUUCAGCUCUGACCGUGUUGUUCGCAUGGAAGGAAAAGACUUCACCUACGAGUUCAUCCAGAGAUGUGGUCUGAGGGAACCCAUCAUCUUUGACAAGCCAGAUGGACUUGGACUAAAGAUGCCUGACCCUGACUUCACUGUCAAUGACGUGAAGACUUUUGUGGGUAGCAGACGUAUGAUAGAUGUGAUGGAUGUAAGCACUCAGAAGGGGACAGAGAUGUCCAUGGCACAGUGGACACGUUACUAUGAGACACCACCGGCUCAGAGAGAGAAACUGUACAAUGUCAUCAGUCUGGAGUUCAGCCACACCAAGCUGGAGAACCUGGUCAAGAGACCCACCACGGUGGACCUGAUUGACUGGGGGGACAAGAUGUGGCCACGUCACUUGAAAGAGAGACAACGAGACUCCACAAAUUCUAUCAACGACAUGCAGUACCCCAAAGUACAAAAGUAUUGUCUGAUGAGUGUGGAGGGCUGCUACACAGACUUUCACAUCGACUUUGGAGGAACCUCAGUGUGGUAUCACAUACUGAGAGGAAGCAAGGUCUUUUGGCUGAUCCUGCCCACCCCUCAGAACCUGGAGAUGUAUGAGAACUGGGUGCUUUCAGGGAAACAGGGCGACAUUUUUCUUGGAGACCGAGUGUCAGACUGUCAGAGGAUUGAACUAAAGCAGGGCUGCACCUUCAUUAUACCCUCAGGCUGGAUUCACGCCGUUUACACUCCUGUUGACUCCAUGGUGUUUGGAGGAAACUUCCUGCACAGCUUCAACAUCCCCAUGCAGCUGAACAUCUGUAAUAUAGAAGAUCGAACACGGGUUCCAGUGAAAUUUCGUUAUCCCUUUUACUACGAAAUGUGCUGGUACGUCUUGGAGCGUUACGUCUACUGUCUUACCAAGACCUCCUACCUAACGCCAGAGUUUCAGAAACACUCCUUGGGUAUUGGUCUUAAGAAGCCGAGCUCCUCUGAUCCUCUUGAGCAGGUGAAGGUAGAGGAGGGUGAAGAUAGUGAAGAGGAGGAGCAGUGUGAAAAGACUGCAGCUAAGACUCACUUGACUCCAUUUGAGCUGGAGGGACUGUGGAACCUUUUGGGAAAGCUGGAGUCUCUGCCCUCCAGUAAGAAGUGUGUUCCAGCAGGGAUUCACAACGCUCCAGCACUCAUGACACAUAUCAAGGCUCUUCUCAAAGAACAUGCUAACGAUAAUCCCAAUCUGUCCUACAACGGAAAACCCAUUGUCAAAUGGCCAAAGAGGCCUUUUUGGUAUCAGCCUCCACCUACCCCACCUCCUCCAGCACGUCCUAAAUUGGCCACAACACCCAUCAUACCUCGACCACAGAAACCAGCUUCUUCCAUGUCUGUGCUGAGGCGACGCAGAGUCAGGUGUAAGCGCUGUGAGGCUUGUAUAAGAUCCGAGUGCGGAGAGUGCAACUUCUGCAGAGACAUGAAGAAGUUUGGAGGACCAGGGAAGCUCAAGCAGACCUGCGUGCUACGACAAUGUCUGUCUCCUGGGCUCCCCCUGUCUGCGGUGUGUGAGAUCUGUAAGGAGCCCAAUCAAGAGGAUAGUGGAGAUCCUUCUCUUAUCCUGAUGGAGUGUUCCAACUGUGCACAGAUAGUCCACCCUGCCUGCCUCACGAUUCCCGGUGAAGGACUGGUGAACAAAGACCUGCCCAGUUGUUGGGAGUGUCCAAAGUGUGUCCAAGGAAUCAAUGACGCAGAGUCAUCAGGCAGUGAUGAAUUGUUGGCUGCCAGCCACCAGCAGCACAUCCGGCCCCACGGUCCCCUGGUCCUCAGACUGGGCCCCGGGCCCUCUGCUACCACAGGGGGUUCUGUGGGAUCCCAGCAGGAUGGGGAGGUGGUUCGCUGUGGCUUCUUCCCUCCUCCUCCUCCUUCUACUACUACUACUGCUUCUACUCUUCCUUCCUGCUCUUCCUCCUCCUCCUCCUCCUACUCCUCAGCAUCACUUCUAUUGGUGGCGGCCCCUCUUCCCUCUCAGCCAAUCAGCUCGAGACUGUCCAAAGGUGACAAAGGUGAUGGCCUUACAGUGAAGCGAAAAUCUUCGUCCCUCAUGGACGCUCGGUUGGCAAAGAUUUACCGACAGCAAAGACACAGCCGUGAUGGAGAUGACUCUGCAAGUGAUGAUGAUGACGAAGCCUCUCAGCGGAGAAGGAUGGGACUCCACGCUCGAGGAGGGCACUCUUCUAGGAGAGGCUUUGUCACCAACAGGAGAAGCCACCUGAGAGGAGGCUCAGCCCACAGAGGGGGCAGCAGAGGCAGCUUCCUCACCGGUGGCUCGUCCAUGCUCAAGCUCAAGAGAGGAAUGGGUGGGAAGGAGGGUGGUCGUAGAGGACGAGGGGUGAGGCUGAGGGGCGGCUCCAGGAUGCAGCGAAGAGGAGAUGAUUCAGAGGAGUCCGAUGACGAGGAUGACGACGACGACGACGAUGAGGAGGAGGAGGAUGACGACGACGACAGCGAAGACGAAGGGCGAGAACGUCUGCGUCGAAGCAGGGGAAGACGCAGGGCUGACGAUGAUGAGAAUGAUGACAGCGAAGGGCAGGAGUUUGACCCUGAAGAGGACGACAUGGACACACUGGAAGAUGAAGACGAUGAGGACGGGGAGGAAGACGGACGCUGGGAAUCAGAUCCAGAGCCACCAGUGCUCCUCAUGUCUGAUCUGAAUGACGACCUGCUGAGUGGCUCCUAUUUGACUGUCACCUUACAGCGCCCCCACAAGGCCAAGCGACAGUCUGGCUCCAUCGUCCCAAAGUUGGAAGCAGCCAUGGGUGUGAGGACAGCGGUGGGGGGCCCCAGUGGUCAACAGAACUUUAUCCAGAGAAAGACGGCGCUGUCUAAAGCUUCGAGACUGAAGAGUGCAGACUCCGCAGCAGAUGGGGUUUCUCCAAGAGGGCCUGGAAGGCCGCGACUGCGAGGACAUCAUGGAGACAGAGGGACUCGAGACUGUUCUGCAUCGUCCGCUGAUGAGCAGGAAGGAGCUGCGCUUCAUGCGCACUCCUCUCUGCCUUCCCUGCUCUCCUUCAAGGAGGAGGGGAAUGAGAAUGGAGGGGAAAAGGAGGUGUGGGUGUCAGUGUUCAAAUACCUACACAGGGCAGAGCUGCUGGCCUGCAUGACCGUCUGUAAAGCCUGGUACAAAUGGAGCUGUGACAAGCGUCUGUGGAGCCACAUAGACGUGAGUCGCUGCAGCCCCCUCAGUAAUCAGGCCCUGGCUGGUAUCGUCAAACGUCAACCCGUCUCCCUGGACCUGUCCUGGACGCCGCUGGCCAAAAGACAGCUCAACUGCCUCCUCACCAGACUCCCAGGUCUGAGGGAACUGAGACUGACUGGUCUGUCCUGGUCGUGUCUCUCAGCUCUGGUCUCUCCCUCUCUGCCCUGCCUGAGGCUGCUGGACCUCCGCUGGUGUGAUGGUAUUAAAGACGCCCAGAUUAAGGAGAUAAUCUCCCCACCUGGUGCUGAGUCGUCUCGCAGCCGGCUGAGGAACAUAGCGACGCUGCGUCUGUCCGGCCUUGACAUCAGCGAGUCCACUCUGAGGCUGGUACAGAGACACAUGCCUCAUCUGGACAGACUGGACCUGGCUCACUGCAAGAACAUCAGCGACUCGUCUGUGGCUAUGCUGGCUGCUGCUGGGACUCACAGUCGCAACAACCUGAUGGAGCUGACACUGGCAGGCUGCAGCCAGCUGACUGAUGCCUGUGUGAUCUACCUGAAGCGUCUGUCCUCUCUGACUCUACUCGACCUCAGAGGCUGUACUGGCAUCAGCAGGCGAGCAUGUGACGCCUUCAUCUCUGAUCUCUCCCACAUCGCCCUCUACUGUAUGAUGGAAGAGAAGCUUAUUCAGCGAUUGGACUAAAACAGAUUAUUCCAUCUUGGGGUGCUAUCACGAUUGAGACAUUUUUUUUUUGAGAUGCUAACAUUCUUUGGGGACAACCCAUUUCAUUUCGGGUUUCUCAUUCAUUAUUUACAAAGACAGUGAUAAAGAUUUUCUGCCUCCUUAAUAAUGGACAUGAUCUUCGUAUCAAUCACUGUUGGAACACUACAUACACAGGACUUUUUUUUUAAUGUUACAAACCACCAAAGUGGCAGGUAGGGUCAUUUUUUGCAUCAUGUCAACUCUGUGUAUAUAAGUGUUUUCUAUUAUGCAAAUCAAUGAGACUUCUGGAGAACCUGUCUUGUCAUUAUUUUCUUUGCAUCAGUGUGAAACUGAAUAAAGUGU